CUUCUUCACCCUCACCACAGCUUUCAAAUCCUCUUUCUUUUCACUGAAGAUAGAUAGAUAUGGAUGUUCAGGAACCCCAGCCGGAUUUCGCGCUGCUGCCGGAUUUUUUCUCCGACGAGGACCUUUUGCUGGAUUUUCCCAAAUCCUUUGGGAAGUCCGGCACCAUGCAGUCUGACACUGACAUCUGUUUCCCCGCUGAGUUCCCGUACGACCUCUGUUCUUCUCCGGCUGGCUCUGCCGAGAGUGAUGAGGAGGAGUAUCUCGCUUCGUUGACCCGCCGGUUGACUCUCUCGGCCGCUGGAGACACUCCGAAGUCAAUCUCCUCCGGGCAAAAUCAGUUUGAGUCAUGGGAUUCAUGGCUGCUUUCCGGGUCGCGCCAGCAGAAUUUGCCCCGUGAAGGAAACUGGUCGGGUCUGAGCACCGGGUCGAGCAAUGUUACCCCAAACGGGCCUUCCCAGAUAUCCUCUCCGACAACCCCGCUGGGCUUCAGGAACGAUUCGUGGGAUCUGAUACUCCAGGCCGCCGCGGAAGUUGCGAGGCUGAAGAUGAACGCCGGCGAGGAAUCACUGAUGGGUCACCGCCGCCCGGGUCCUCCGAGCUUCCCCCCGUUUCCACCGGUUCCCAGAACGAGGGAGUACAUUGAACCGCAUCUCCCCCAGGCUCGACCUCCAUCUAAAGCCGCGUUUGGCGGUGUUGGGCCGUUUCCAGAAUCCGGAAUGUACGGCGCGCCGGUGAUGGGUGGUGUCUCCUGCAACGGCGCCACCAUGCGCGGUCGGCCUGUAAUUCCUCUCCCCGGCGGCGGAGUGAAGAGGGAGCGGGCUGGGACCGGCGUGUUUCUGCCGAGGAGAUACGGAAAUGCCAAUAAUGCCCAUCACUGUCCUAAAGAUUCUAGGAGCAAAGCAGGAUAUUGCACCACUGCUAGGGCCGUUCAUGGUCAACAUAACAACAUCCAGGACUUCAAUGGCCCUGUUCAACCCCAGUCGGGUGCUGACUUUGUUUCAGAUUAUGAAGUGAUGCGUGCAAGGAGGUAUGCAGCAAUGUUGGUGCAAAACAAGAGAAAUUUGAGCCCUGAAGUAAUGCUUCCCCAGGAAUGGACCUAUUGACAUUGCUGAGUUUUACGAAGAAAUGGCAUUAUUUUCCAUACUUAGGAAAGGAGAUUAGGAGAAGGGUAGCAGUGGUUAGGACUAAAUAAUAGAAGCAAAAGUGAAAGCUUUCGAGGAGAAUGGAAUAAUUUUUGGGGGUGGGGGUGAGGGUGGUUUAUGCAUUUCUUGGCAAAGGACAGCAGAAUGAAGGAUGGUUAGGAUUUAUUAGAAGGUAGAAUAAAGUGGGAUUUUCUUUAUUUUUCAUCUUUUCUUUUUUAUUAAAUUUUAAUAAAGUUGCCUAAAUGUGGUGGUAUGACUAAGGGUAAAAGAUGGUUUUGGCUGUGGUGGUUGGGUAAUCUGCUGCAAGGAGCAGAGAAGCAGAGCCAUCGUUGUACUGAAUCGUAUGAUGUUUUAAAUGUGUAAUAAAGAAAUGCUUGCUUUAUACUAUGCUUGACGCAUUGAAUA